AGUUCCCCUAUCUUUCAGAGCCAGUGCCUGUAUUUCAAAUAGAGACUUGUUUGUAGUGAAUGCAGCUAGUUGUUUGUUGUGGAUAUGCUCAUUUUAACAACUUUUUUGUUGCUUGUACAGUUGCACUUUUUCAUUUUUAAUGCACUGUCGCCGUAUAGGGGUUGUUGGGCUUUCUUUUAUUUAUUGUUUUGGUUAACUUUGUGCCCUGUGGUUGAUGUUGUCUGGUAAUAUACAGAGAGGAAGAAAAGAGGGUGGGGGGGGUGUAAGUGCAAGUGAGUGAGUGAGAGAGAGAGAGAGAGAGAGAACUCUGAGACGCAGCAGCUGGUUUUUAGGUUUUACGCUUUGACAGAAGUGACUGAACAGACUGUCCAUCACAACCUGUCAGAGGUCAGCUAGUACCUCUGGUUGGAGGAGAGAGACUUCAAGUUGCCCAAUGGGACAGGCAGGGGUUUAAGCAGCACGGGGGACGCCAACAGGACACCGGUGGAUGGGAUUUGACACCAUGAAUCGCAAGGAGUCAAAAAGAGAGAAUUGAAAACAGAGUGCUGAACUGGACACUGAUUCAGGAGGAAGGGAGAGAGAGCGGCAGGGAGGGGUUUUGGACGUUCUAAGAAGUCAUCGCUACUUCUCUGCAGUCGCGGCCAGCUUCCUGUUCAUGCCGUCACAGACCACAGUGAUUCUUGCUGAUGCUGCCUGUGAUACUUUUCAACACAUAAGUCAGAAAAGCCAACUUUACAGAGUGGAUAAUCCUUUAAACUACGCAGCACCUCAGCAGGAAGUCCCGUCAGGAGGGUGGGAUAAAGAGCAGAAGACCAGUGCAGAGGAGAAUGACCUGCCCCAGUGCUCAGGAGAUCAGCCGUGCUCUUCAGAGUCCACCGGCUCACGCUUCAUUCCGCUCUGCCAGCCUGGAUGAACUCAUCCUCCGCUGCCUCCACUGCUUCGACUCCGAUGGGAAGCUAAACAGAGGGACGCAGCUUGUCAGCAUGACCCUCAUGAUGCACAACUGGGUCGUACCAUCACACAUCUUCGCCCAUAAGCUACUUUCUCUAUAUAAGGAUUGUCCUGCAGAGAAAAGGGGACAAAGGCGUCCACAAAUCUGUCACUUUAUCAGGCAGUGGAUUAGCCAGUUCAGACUGAUGUUUGAGAUGGACCCUCUGUUAGAAAAAGCCAUGGGAGAUCUCUGGGCUCUGGUCAGUGCUGAGGGAACCAAUUCGCACCAUCAGCUCAUCAACACACCUUAUAUUAAUCCUCCAGUGAAUAUUUCCCAGACUCCCUCUCCCCUGGUCAAGAAACGAAAAGUUUCUCUGCUGUUUGACCACAUGGAGCCGGAUGAAAUGGCUGAACACCUCAGCUAUCUAGAGUUCAAAAACUUCUGCAACGUCUCAUUCCUGGAUUACCGCAGUUAUGUGGUUCAUGGCUCAGUCCGGGACAAUCCUGCUCUGGAGCGAUCAGUCAUGCUGUGUAAUGGAGUCUCGCAGUGGGUGCAGCUUAUGAUCCUCAACAGACACACGUCACAGCAGAGAGCAGAGGUCUUCACCAAGUUCAUUCAUGUAGCACAGAAGUUGAGAUCCCUGCAGAAUUUCAAUACUUUGAUGGCGGUGAUUGGAGGUUUAUGCCACAGCUCCAUCUCACGUCUUAAAGAUACUGCCAGCCUGCUGUCCUCUGAUGUUACAAAGACUCUCAGUGAGCUCACAGAACUGCUGUCCUCCUACAGCAACUACUCAAACUACAGGCGCGUGUACAGCGAAUGCACAGGCUUCAAGGUUCCCAUCUUGGGUGUUCAUCUGAAAGACCUGAUCUCGCUCAAUGAAGCGCUGCCAGAUUACUUGGAGGAUGAUAAGAUCAACCUGGGCAAACUGCAGCAUUUAUACAGCAACAUCAGUGACCUGUUGGCCAUCCAUGACUGCACUCCGCCGUUUGAGGCCAACAAAGACCUGCUGCACCUGCUAACGCUCUCGCUAGACUUGUAUUACACUGAGGAUGAGAUAUACGAGCUUUCAUAUGCCAAGGAACCCAAGAACCCCAAAAUACAGCCUGUAGCUCCUGUUAAGCCCCCAGUGGUUGCAGAGUGGGGAUCUGGAGUGACUCCGCGUCUGGAUCCUGCCACCAUCUCAAAACACGUCAAGCAAAUGGUGGAUUCCAUCAUGAAGAACUAUGAUUUGAACAUGGACGGCUACAUUUCUUUGGAGGAAUUUGAGAAGAUUGCUGCCAAUUUCCCCUUCUCUUUCUGCACACAUGAGAGUGAUAGAGAAGGAGAGAUCAGCCGAGAGGAAAUCACGUCAUAUUUCAUGCGUGGGAUGUCAGUGUGCGCCAAACUCGGCUUUAACCUCCACAACCUUCACAACUUUCACGAGACUACGUACAAAAGGCCCACAUUCUGCGACACCUGUGGAGGAUUUUUAUGGGGAGUCAUAAAACAAGGCUAUCACUGCAAAGACUGCGGAGUGAACUGUCAUAAGCACUGUAAGGAUGUGGUAGGAAUGGAGUGUCUGAAGAGGCUUCAGGUCAACAGUAGCUCUUGUCCCUGUACACCAGGACCAGUUUCAGGCCUUCACACUAAAGGCAACAGCUGGAGUGAGUUUUCUCAAUCCUUUCAAUCAGGUUCCGAAGAGGAAGCGUUCGUCUUUCCAAAUGGAAAUGAAUCUGAACACUCCAAGGGCCAAACUUCAUCAGACAGCGACGCAGAAGCGGCCACACUAUCCGACAGGUCAACUCAAACAGAGCCAGGAGUUUGGACACCGGUGGCCAAACGGAAAGAUCGUCUUCAUUCCCAGAAACAGCAUCCACCUCUUGAAAAGAGCGCAACUCUUCCGGCAAGGGUGCGAGGUUCAUCUGCCCCUAGCUCUCUCCUACAGGAGAAAAUGGAUGAACUGAAGCUGAACAAAGAUAAACGAAAGGAACCAGACUGAAGUAGUUUUUGUGCAUGUGGCCGUCUGGUUGUGUGUGUGUGUGUGGGGGGGAACUGUUAAAUACACUGGACAGAACACUUUGAAGAACGUGUCCUCGUCUUUCUCGCCAACUGUCUUCUUCUAUUGUCUUCAACAGAUUGUUCAUGACGUUCAUUAACUAUGAUGAAAUUCUACCCAGAAGGGAUUUUAUUUAAGGAAUUGCUGAUGAUCUGUAUUUUGAUGAGCCUAUUGGUGGAUCCGUACGGUUAUAGCUCUAUGCACCAGCGUAAACUGCCAGCGAGGACCACAUCAAAAGACCUCCAGUACUAAAAGUUGGACUGCUAUAUCAUCCAUCUCACUACCGGUAGUCUUUAUUCGAGACCACAUGGGUUUCUGUCAUGAAGAGUGAGGUUUGAGCAGAGUAUGAAACUGUAUUGUCUUAAUGUUCACACUGGAAAACUUAAACUGUGAUCAACUGUAUUGAACUUGAAGAGUAAGAAUGUACCUCCUCUGUAAAGGGAUGCCAUUUCGGUGCUGAUAUAAUACCCAGAAUUCAUCACUGUGCCUUAUGUAAUGAACAAUUCAUCGAGUAGCAGACAAAGGGUAUUGUAUCACUGUUUUAUGCCAGACAAUAGUCCCGUCUCGGUUCAAAAUGAUCACAAUCGGCUUCAUUAGUGCUCCGGCGUAUUAAAGUAUGAGCAUUAAUGAAAAGCAGCGGGAGCGUGACAUUAAGGGUCAUCUCUGAUGAACACUGGACCUAUUUUCAAUUGUUUUUCUAAUGUGUUUUCUGUUAGCUCUUUUGUCAUCUCCAACUUGAAUGUCUGUUUUACUAAAUCAUGAAUUUAGGUUAUAGAUUUUUAUUUAUUGAGGAAUGAUAAAUCCAUGAUAAAGCACUCUUGGUGUGAUUAAAAUAUGAAUGUGAAAGAAAAA